AUGCGGCUAGCUCAGCCAAGAAGAGGACUAGAUUCGAGCCGCGAGAGUAAGGAAGAAAUAGAUCAAGCUCAUAAUAAUAUUCAUGAUGACAAAGCCCCUGGAGUUGAUGGUUUCAAUGCUUUUUUUUACAAGAAAGUAUGGCACAUCAUCAAAGGUGAGGUUUAUGAGGCCAUUUUGGAUUUCUUUGAUGGUAAUCAGUUUCAUAAUGCCAUUAACUGUACUGCUGUCACUAUUAUUCCUAAAAUAAAAAAUGCAACUUAUGUUAAAGACUAUAGGCCUAUAGCUUGCUGCACUGCUGGUUUUCUUCCUGAAAGACAGUUGAUGGACAAUGUUUUACUUGCUUCUGAACUGAUUAAGGGUUACAAUAGAGCUUAUAAUAGUCCUAGGUGCAUGGUAAAAGUGGACAUUAGGAAAGCUUAUGAUUCUUUGAAGUGGAGUUUUCUUCAAAAGGUGAUGGAGGAAUUGGGGUUUCCUAAUCAAUAUAUUCAGUGGUAUUUGACUAGAAGACUUGCUGGUUUGGCUAACAAGAAAAAUUUCAAGUACCAUCCAAAGUGUCAAAGAUUGAAGAUCACCCAACUAAUCUUUGCUGAUGAUUUUUUGAUGUUUGCUAGAGGUGAUGUUCACUCUGUUUUGCUUCUUACCUCUGAGUUUGCCAGUUUCUCUGAAGCCUCUGGGUUGCAUGCAAAUCCAGAGAAGAGUUGUAUUUACUUUUCUGGAGUUACAGAUGAUGUUCAGAGUCUUAUUCUGAAGGAGACAGGCAUGACUAAAGGGGAUCCUCCUUUUAGAUAUUUAGGUGUGCCUCUUUCUUCCAGAAAGCUCAAUUAUAGCCAAUGUAGGCCUUUAGUUGAGAAGAUUACUGCUAGAAUUCAUCAUUGGUCAGUUAAAUCCCUUUCCUAUGCUGGUAGAUUUCAAUUGUUGCAGAGUGUGAUUGGUGGUAUGAUGAAUUUUUGGGCUCAGCUGUUCUGCUUGCCUAAAAAGUGGAUUAAGCAAGUGCUUUGUAUAUGCAGGAUCUAUCUUUGGACAGGGAAAGAGACUCCCUCAAGGAAGGCUUCUCUUGCUUGGGAGCAAGUGUGUUUACCCAAGGUUUGUGGAGGUUUGAAUCUGAGGAAUAUGAGAAUUUGGAAUCAAGCUGCGUUGUUGAAGCUGUUAUGGGAAUUCUCUGUCAAAAAGGAUAGACUUUGGAUCCAAUGGUGGCAAGGAUGGCAAAGUGUGACUGAAAAUGGAGCAUUCUCUAUCAAAAAAGCUUAUAUGAAGCUUUUGGGUACUCAUUCAAAGGUUAGUUGGAGGGGGCUUGCUACAAGGGACAGAUUGCUUAGCUGGAAGAUCCAAUGCUCCGCUGCUUGUGGGUUAUGUGAUUCUGCAGAUGAAUCAGUGGAACACCUUUUCUAUCAGUGCAGUUAUAUCCAAGCAGUAAGGUUGCAGGUAUUUGGUAUGUUUGGCUUGGGUGUUCUACCCCCUGGUUCUUGGACAGAGGAAAGGGAUAAUGUGCAACUUCGAGUUGUCAAUUAUAUCCUUUAUGGAAAUGACAAAGCCACUCGAUAA